UCGACUAAGCCACCCUGGACCACGCCAACGCUAAAUAAACCUAUAGACUGUAAUCCCCAUAGCUGAGUGCUUUGCGGCUAUUUUCUGUCUUACUAUAAGUUUGUUUCUAAACAUAGCAAAGAAAUGGACACCUCUGGGAAAGAGAAGGAAGCGAUUCAGCUAAUGGCCGACGCUGACAAAAAAGUCAAGUCCUCUGGCUCUCUUCUGGGAGGGAUGUUUGGAGGAGGCCAGCACAAAGUGGAAGAGGCAUGUGAAAUGUACUGCAGAGCAGCCAACAUGUUCAAGAUGGCCAAGAACUGGAAUGGUGCUGGAAAUGCAUUUUGCAAGGCUGCACGCCUUCAUAUGCAGCUGCAGAACAAACAUGACUCUGCCACUAGUUUCAUCGAUGCAGGAAAUGCUUACAAGAAGUCUGAUCCUAAUGAGGCAAUCAAGUGUUUAAAUGCUGCCAUCGAUAUAUACACAGACAUGGGAAGAUUCACCAUCGCAGCCAAACACCACAUCACUAUUGCAGAGAUCUACGAGUCUGAUCUGGUGGAUAUUGAAAAGGCUAUUGCACAUUAUGAACAGGCAGCAGACUACUACAAGGGAGAAGAAUCAAACAGUUCUGCCAACAAGUGUCUGCUGAAGGUGGGGGCUUACUGUGCUCAGCUGGAGCAGUACCAGAAGGCUAUUGAGAUCUACGAGCAAGUUGGAGCCAACACGAUGGACAACCCGUUGCUGAAAUACAGCGCCAAAGAGUAUUUCUUCAAAGCGGCCCUCUGUCAUUUCAUUGUCGAUGAGCUCAAUGCUAAGAUUGCUGUCGAAAAAUACGAGGAGAUGUUCCCGGCUUUUACAGACUCCAGAGAAUGCAAGCUGUUGAAGAAACUUCUUGAGGCUCAUGAGGAACAGAACAACGAAGCUUUCACAGAGGCGGUAAAGGAGUUUGACUCGAUCUCGCGUCUGGACCAGUGGCACACAACCCUGCUGCUGCGUAUCAAAAAGACCAUCCAGGAUGAUGAAGGGGAUCUGAAAUGAAAGAAACCCAUGAAAUGCAGUAUGGAAGGACAAAUCCAUUACGCAUGCUUCCACACAAACGCACCUCACUGUGUAUAGCAUCUGGCGAGGAGUGUCCGCUGAUGAUUUUGAAUAUUCCACUGCUCGCUACUACGCUGUUCAAAUGUUCUUCUUGCUUUCUAUCUGAAUCUAGCUGGAUUGUAAAUCCUCUCGCCCUCACCUCUGUCUACACGAUUGCUGCAUAACUUUUUCUGCUAAAAUCUUUCCUGGGGCAUUUCAGAGCAGUAUAUUCUAUCAACUCUGUUAGUACUGACAACAAGCACUGCAUGUUUUGUACAGUUAUUGUUUCCUAGUCAGAUGCAGCUUGUUUUUUUUUUUUCUUCUUUUUUUUAAAUUAGUUUAUUAUAUAUUUAAAUGUUUCAGUUUGUUGUACAUAGGAUUACCAAGAUGUGUAUGGAUUUAAAGAACGCACUAUUAUCUUCAUUUAUAUUGUGUUGAAGUAGAAGAAAUCUGUCAUGAUUUUUCUUUAAACUCAAAAAAGUUUGUGGUCACCUUUUUCUUACUCACAGAGGGCAACGAUAUGCACCAAUUGCAGACUGUUAAACAUUCGUACUAAUCACUAGCUGGUGAUUUUGGCCAUAUGUAGUUAUGACUUUAUUACGUUUAAGGUUAUUUAGUGUUACUUUAGGCUUUGUUAAUGUAAUAAUACGUUGAAUGUUUGAAUCUGUCAGAUGCCGUUUAUAGUUUGCUGGGAAAACUCUUUUUUUGAAUGAAAAGCACAGGAAACCUUCCUCCUUAUUCCCAGGGCAGUAGUCCUGGGCUAAUGUGCAUCAAUAGUCACUCAUCUUGUGCUGUGUUGUGAACCCGUGAAGGUUUACUACCGCAGUGCACCUUCCAAACGGUCAGUUCCUAAGCAUGUCAUUGUAGCUUAGUGUUGGUAAAUUUGCUAGUGUGAGCCAAAGUUUUUACAAAAGGGUCAGUCACCCUGCUUAUCCAGCUUCUUCCAGGUGGAGUGAUAGCGGGCCUCGGAUAUGAUCUGUAUGGUUGUGCAAAUGGACAAUAAAGCUAUUGUAUCCCAGCUACCUGCUGCCUUUGACCUUACCUACUGAGCA